AUGAUGUAUCACCCCAACGGAUACAUGCCCGUCCCCCCCUACUAUGGGGGAUUCAACCAGGCGCCCUUCAUGCACUACUAUCCAGAUGGGCAGAUGCACCAGAUGAUGGGCCACCAGUCACAGCCGCAAGCUGGCCAACCGCCACAGCCCGGCCAAGGACCGCUUCCACACAUGAUGCAGCCACCGCCGCCACACGACUUUGAACAGCAACAGCAUCAGCAGCAUCAGCAGCAUCAGCAACAUCAGCAGAACCAGGCAAGGAAACCGAAAUCAUUUAGUUUCAACGUUGGUGCUGCGGCAUUCACUCCAGGCGGAGCUGGCAGUGGAGGAGGUGGAGGAGGAGCACCUGCGGGCCCCCAAGCAUUUGUCCCCGGUGCAGCAGCACCUUUCAACCCCGGCGGCGCUUCCUUUAGCCCUGCAGCAACGGCUCCAUUCACACCUGGCGCACCGUCGUUCACUCCGAACGCCCCCGCUGCCGCUGCUGCCCCCGCAGGCAUGCCUUCCACCACUCCCACAUACGCUGUGAACUCUUCGUCCGCUCCUUCCUACUAUAACGCCAACGAUACCCCGAUCGAGUCGAUUUUCCAGCUUAUCAAGGACAACAACCGGUUGCCACAGCUUCCCGUGCUCAUUGGAGGUCGGUUUGAAGUCCGUCCUCUUGGAGGUGCCUCCAAGCUUCGUCUAUCAAAGCCUGUGUCGUUUGCCACCUCUCGCCUGGUCGAUGUGCGAGGCGAGGACUUCAGUGUGCAAAUUGGAGAUACCAUCUGCGAUAGCGCAGACCUGGUGGUGGAGAAAUACGAGCCUGUGGUUGCCCAGAAGUUUCAGACAAAGGUGGAGGUCAAGGAUGAGGCUCCUGUCGCUGCUGCCAAGCCCACAAAGAGCAGCUGGGCGGCCGCAGCAUCCAAGGCUGUUCCCAAGGUUGAGAAGAAGGACGCCAAGGAGGCCCAGGAGGGCGAGUCCAGUGCAGUUGCCAACGGCGAUGCUACUACAGAGGACUCUGCCGAAUCCGACUCUCCCACUGCCUCGCCCGCUCCUCCUGCCACUCUUGGCUCCAUCAUCGCUGCUGUCAAGGCCCAUUCCUACGACUCUGAACUCUUUGAUUCUUCCACUUCUACCAACCACCACAGCUUGUUGACUGCUCGACCUCGAGGUAUUGUUAACAACGGCAACGUGUGUUUCAUGAACUCUAUUCUGCAGAUUCUCGUCCACUGUCUACCCUUUUCUCGACUGAUUGAUUUGAUUCGAGAAAAGGUGCCCCGGUCUCUUGACGGCGAUUCUCCUCUGACUGAGGCUGUGGUUGAUUUCCUUGACGACUACAAGCGAGGCGCCGUUAACGGAGUAAACGGUGGAUCCACUCCUGCCACUUCCAAGCUGCCCGAUAUCACCAUUGACUCCUUUUACAAGAGCAUUGUCAGCGUGCCCCGGUUCAGCCAUUUCCAGCGAGGCAAGCAGGAGGAUGCUGAGGAGUUCCUUGGAUACCUGCUUGACGGCCUGCAUGAGGAGUUCGUAGCUGUGAUUGGAGCCAGGGAGGAGGCUGCUGCUAAAGAGGAGGGUGCUACCGGCAGCGCUGAAUGGACACAGGUGGGAGCCAAGAAGAACUCGACGACCCGAUCGCCUCAGUUCCCCUGGUCGCCCGUGUCAGACAUUUUCGGCGGCAAGUUUGAAUCCAACCUCGAUGUGCCCCGUCAGUCCGUCUCCAAGGUGCUGGAGCCCUUCCAUGUUAUCCAUCUAGAUGUGGAGAAUCCCAACAUUACUUCCGUGGAGUCCGGUUUCAAGGCUCUGUCUGCCAAAGAGCAGGUGGAGACGUUCGGAGAGGGUGGAAGACCCAUCACGGGUGCUAGCAAGCAGACGUUACUGGAAGAACUACCCCGAAUCCUUGUGGUGCAGCUCAAGCGGUUCACGUAUUGCGGUGAUGACCUGAUGGAUCUGCAGGUGCGAAAGAUCAACAAGAAGAUUUCGUACGGCGCGGACCUGUCUGUCCCCAUGGAGUCGCUGUCUCUCAAGGCUAAGCAGCAGUUCCGAGCCUCGGGAGGCAAGUCCAACCAGUACAACCUCGUGGGUGUUGUUUUCCACCACGGAACCAGCACUACCACCGGUCACUACACUGUUAACGUGCUCGUGGGCGGUACCAAGUGGUACCGAAUCGAUGAUGUGAAGAUCGAGGCCAUUCGAAACGAAAAUUGGUACGCCAAGGAAGAGGAUGGCAAGGACGACAAGACCGCAUACCUGCUGAUCUACCAGAGAGUUUAG